CACUGUUUUGAGGGCCCGUAAGUCCGUCGGUCUAUUCCAAACUCUCAACAGGCUUUCAUUGACGGUAGCCCACCCAUAGCUGUCCUUCGAGAAUUUCUACGCCUCCUCGUUGGGGUAGGAGCUAAGGCCGAAUUGAGUUUUUUUGUUGAACACAGAGCCAGUUAAACGCGUGUGACUCAGGCUUGACGGGUACCAGCAACCUACGUUUAGCUACCUGGAGGUAGCUUAGCAUUAGCUUCAUCGCGUACGGCAGCCUGCUAGUGGAGUUCCGUCAACGACGUGUUAGCCACGAGUGGCUCUCGUUAGCUGGCGCUGGUCGGCCCAGUACGCAUUCAACGAUGUCCUUUCCUCAUCUGAACCGGCCGCUAUUGCCCCCUCCAGGGAUACCCCCUCAGUAUGCUGGUUUCCCCCCAGGAGCCCCUAUGAUUCCAGUUCACAUGGGAUUAAUGACCCCCACCCAAGUCUUGGUGCAAACUUCUUUGCCAGUUGUUAGUAAGCCUGCAGUUCCAAGGAAGGAGGCCCUUGCUCUGCGAGCCAGAGAGAACGAUGAAAGCAGUGGUCCUACCACCACGGUGUUUGUGGGAAACAUAUCAGAAAAGGCCUCAGAUAUGCUCAUCAGACAACUGCUGGCGAAAUGCGGUAUAGUCCUGAGUUGGAAGAGGGUCCAGGGAGUCUCUGGCAAGCUUCAAGCCUUUGGAUUUUGUGAGUAUAAGGAGCCAGAGUCCACUCUGCGAGCCUUGCGGCUGCUUCAUGACCUACAGAUUGGGGACAAGAAUCUGCUCGUGAAGGUGGAUGCCAAGACCAAAGCCCAGCUGGAUGAGUGGAAGGCCAAGAAGAAGACUGCUAAUGGGCAGAAGGAGAAGACGGCCGAGGAAGGUGGAGAGGAUGAGGAUGAAAUGCUAGACGAGGAGACAAAGAAGAAGGACCAGAUCAUCAAGGGCGCCAUUGAUGGACUGAUGCGAGAGCACGCCAACGAACUCAACGCACCCUCGCAGGACGAUGACUCGCAUCGACGCAAGAGAAAGAAGGAGAAAAAAGAGGAGGAAGACAUCAACGCCAUCGAUAUGGAGGAGGACAAGAGGGACCUGAUUUCCAGAGAGAUUAGUAAAUUCCGUGACACCCAUAAGAAACUGGAGGAGGAGAAGGACAAGAGGGAAAAGGAGCGGCUGGAGUUCGAGCGAGAAAGGAGAGAUCGGGAAAAGGAGCGCGAGCGGGAGAGAGAGCGGCGAGACCGCGAGAGGGAGAAGGAGCGCGAGAGGGAGCGCGAGAGGGAGCGUGACCGACGGACAAAGGAGAGGGAGCGAGAGAGGGACAGGAGCAGCGACCGCAGUCGAUCCAGGGAGAGGAGUCGAGACCGAGAGAAAGACAAGAAGCGGGAACAGGAGGACGAGGAGGAGGCGUACGAACGCAGGAAACUGGAGAGGAAGCUCAGAGACAAGGAAGCAGCCUAUCAAGAGCGUUUGAAAAACUGGGAGCUCAGGGAGAGAAAGAAGGCACGGGAUUAUGCCAAGGAAGCUGAGAGAGAAGACGAGCGCCGGCGAGAAAUGAUUAAAGAAGGCAAGCGGCUGAAGGAGUUCCUUGAGGACUAUGAUGAUGACAGAGAUGACCCCAAAUACUACAGGGGCAGUGCAUUGCAGAAGCGUCUUAGAGAGCAAGAGAAGGAGAUGGAGGUGGAUGAGCGCGACAGGAAGAGGGAGAAGGAGGAGCUGGAGGAGAUCAGACAGAGGCUGUUAGACGAGGGACAUCCGGACCCUGACGCAGAACUGCGCAGGAUGGAAGAGGAGGAGCAACUGCGGCAGCCUCCUGUUAUCCAGGAGCCAGAUCCCGAGGAGGAGCGAGAGCGACACAAGGUCUCAAGAGAGCACCAUGACCGCCGGGGCCACAGGGAGAGAGGAGAGGCCCGGUCGCACCCUAUCCACUCAGAUAACGACGAGGUGGAGGAGGGCGAGGAAGAGGAUUAUGACAUUGACGAAGAUAAUCCAGACUUGAAACCCCGGUUGAAGCCCACCAUGCGGCCCAUCACAUCAGCUCCCUCCGUGUCCUCGGCCAGUGGCAACGUGACCCCAAACUCUCCUGCAGAUGAAUCACCCCACGGUAUCAUCAUCCCCCACGAAAACUCUCCCCCCGACGCCCUUCCACAGGACGAACACAGACCCAAGAUUGGCCUAAGCCUCAAACUGGGUGCCACGGGCAGCCCCAGUCAGCCAAAUGCAGUUAAGCGUAAGAAGCUGGCGGUGGACAGCGUCUUCAACAAGUUUGACGAGGAGGAGGCAGACGAGCUGCCCCGCAAGAGGAAGCUGGUGCCUCUGGACUAUGACGACGACAAGAGCCUUGGUGUGGACGGGGCAGGACUGGCUGCUAUCAAGGGUGCCAACACAGAGGAGAAACGGAAACACAUCAAGAGCCUGAUAGAGAAGAUUCCGACAGCCAAGCCUGAGCUCUUCUCCUACCCGCUGGACUGGUCCAUGGUCGACACGACAUUGAUGGAACGACGCGUUCGACCUUGGAUCAAUAAAAAGAUCAUUGAAUACAUCGGAGAGGAAGAGCCAACGUUGGUGGACUUUGUCUGCUCCAAGGUAAUGGCUCAUGGUACACCACAGGGUAUUUUGGAUGACGUUGCUAUGGUUCUAGACGAAGAAGCUGAAGUCUUCAUUGUAAAGAUGUGGCGGUUGCUCAUUUAUGAAACUGAGGCCAAGAAGAUUGGACUGGUGAAAUAAACGAUGCAAGCACAGACUGAAGAACAAUAUUUUAAAAUAGUAUAGUGCAAGUAUCUGUCAUCCCAAAAACCACACGAACUUCCCACAUCCAUGCAGACUGUAGCCUAAGAUCGCGCCCAUUGUCCCAUCCGCUUCGGUCCUUCAGGUCAUUUAGCGUUUAGUUUUUUUGUCUUCAGGGUAAGACUGGACAUUACUCUGUAUACAGCUGCUGACUGUGUUGGUGUGCUCUUGUUUCUGUGUGUAUAUAUGGAUAUAUGUAUCACUAUUUGAAGAGGAAAUCACUGCUAACAUACACCCAGGACCACAGUGGUGGUGUCAGACUAGUGAGACGGCUGAAGAGACCGAACAUGCCAAGACCCAUUAAACAUAGGUCUCUUAGUUGGAUUUACACUGUGCCCCGACAAACAACUUUAGGGGUAAAGGACCUAAUAAAAAAAAAUAAAUAAAAAAAAAACUGGCAAACCGUUCAGUUAACAUUUUACAGGUUUCAUUACCUUUUCUUAGAAUCCUCGAUACAGUUUCGUAGAGCACUUUAGUUCUACACUUCCUUGACUUUAAAUGUCUGUUGAAGGAAUGUGACCAUGGAAAUCCUACAGAUCUGACCUGCGGUUGGAGUGUGGAUUGUUUUAGUAGACAGAAUGUAGAGAACUCAUAACCGUGAACCAGGAAUUGUGAAUUUCACAGGGAUGUUUUUUUUCAGGUCUUUGAGCACAAACCCCAUCAAUUUUCAGCAAAUAGUUCACCUGCAUUUUGUGUUCCCAGUUAAUAGUUCACCUGCAUUUUGUGCUCCUGAUGACAUUCCUGAUAAAUGUUCUUAUCCUGAGAACUUUAAAAAAAGCAACUAGUUUUCAUUCAGAAUGUGUCUGCUGAACAUGAAGCACAAUACAGUGGUUGCGAUAUGCCUGGAUCUAUGAAAUUACAUUUUCAUAACCACUAUAGAAAAAAAAAAUUGAGAAUGAUUUUGCAUUUGUGAAAAUGCUCCAUUUGUUUUUGUAUUGGGCGUUUGUUUUGAAUAAAAUUUAUAUAUAUAUAAA